AUGGAUGUUGAAAAGUUAGUAACAAUUGGGGAAUCUUUGGGUCUCACAGGUUUUGAAUUAAGGGAUUUCUUAAAGGUAGAACAGGACAGAGAGAGGGAUAAGAGAGCAGAAGAGCGUGGGCGAUUGAAGGAGGAAAAAGAAUUGGCAGAAAUCAGGUUGAAAAUAGAAAGUACUUUCAUAAAGGAACGAAAGCCGAAGGGACUCAAGGAGGUCAUAGAGAUUGCCGACUGCUUUGUAGAAGCAAGAUCGGGAUGGCAGGGUGGGACUGGUAGGUCACACACCAUUAAACCCACUUCUCCUCCUCUGCAAGCAGGCUCGAAACCAGCAGGCUCGAAACCAUCAGACAGGUCGCAAAGCCGUCCUGGUGGUUGUUAUAUCUGUGAGAAACUAGGGCAUCAGGCAAGGCAUUGCACGCAACGGAAGAGGAAAGAGGUUGCAGCUGCGGGAGCUGAGAUUCAGAGUGAAUCGGACAGGACGUCGAGCAUGCCGAAGCAACCUCAGAGACAGGUCCAUGACAGAGAUACAGAUUCACUCCCGGAGUCGACUGGUCGGGAUAAAAGAAGGGUGAAUCGUCAUGAGUCGGAAAUGUACGAUGUCAAUGCAUGUUCUUGUUUCUCAUGUACAGAUGGAGAAGGAGAAGUCACUGAGAUACAAUCGGAGUUGGCAUUGCCGAUAGUUAGUGUUGCUGGUGGAGCUAAACCCCUCCAGCUUAUGCCAGUCAAAGAAGGGAUCAUCAACGGCACGCGUGUUAAAGUCUUGAGGGAUAGCGGAUGUUCCACAACAUUUGUGAAGAUGGGACUUAUCAAGCCAGACCAAUUUGCUGGGGAAGAAAGGAGGUGCCUCAUGAUAGACCGUACUAUGAGGACGUUCCCCGUUGCUAAGGUAACGCUUGACUCUCCCUUCUUCAUUGGUGAGGUGGAAGCAUUGUGUGUGAAUAAUCCUAUCUAUGAUGUAGUUCUUGGGAAUAUUCCAGGUGCUCGAGAACCGAAGGAUCCGGACGAAGACUGGAAUGGUGAUGCAUGUCUAGCUGUAGAGACAAGAAAUCAGCGGAAGAAAGAAAGCAAACCUAUCCAAAAGUUGAAGGUACCAAAGCAGACUGACGUUGCUACUGCUGAAGAAUUCCGAAAAGAGCAAGCUAAUGACGCAACGUUGGGGCGUAUACGAGAGCAAGCCGAAUCGGGAGUAGUCAAGACGACUAGAAAUGGGAACCGGUCACUCUUUCGAAGAAAACAAGGAUUGUUAUAUCGCGAGUUCCAAUCCGCAUCAGGUGAUGUCACCCAUCAGCUAGUUGUUCCUUGUAAAUUCAGGGGACAGAUUCUGCGGCUUGCACAUGAGUGUCUAUUGGGUAGGCACCUAGGAUCACAUAAAACCGCAGAAAGAAUCUUACAGAAUUUCUUCUGGGGUGGUGUAAGAGCGGACACAUCUCGAUUUUGUAGGUCGUGUGAUGUGUGCCAGCGCUCCGUGUACAAGGGUACGGUAAGGAAAGUACCAUUGGGGGUUACUCCCUUAAUUGAUGAGCCAUUUCACCGUGUGGCUGUUGACAUUGUUGGCCCUAUCGCUCCUAUGACGUCACGAGGUUGUCGGUAUAUACUGACGCUCAUGGACUACGCGACAAGGUAUCCUGAAGCUGUUCCACUUAAGAACAUAGAUACAGUGUCCGUAGCGGAAGCUCUUUUCAGCAUCUUCACCAGAGUUGGAUUUCCUCGUGAGAUGUUAACCGACCGUGGGACACAGUUCGUGUCAGAUGUGAUGCAAGAAGUGAAUAGGCUAAUGUCAGUACGCCACCUUACUACAACUCCCUAUCAUCCGGCCUGUAAUGGUCUCGUCGAGAAGUUUAACGGGACGCUUAAACAGAUGCUUAAGAAGAUGGCGGAGGAGAGACCCACUGACUGGGAUCGAUAUAUAGAUGCACUCCUCUUCGCAUAUCGCGAAGCACCUCACGACAGCACAGGAUUCUCUCCAUUCGAACUUCUCUAUGGACGAGAAGUGAGGGGCCCCUUGAUGAUCCUGCGGGAACUUUGGGCAAAUGAUGAAAGCACGGAUGCUGAGACAAAAACCACAUACCAGUAUGUGAUGGAUCUGCGUGAGAAGUUGGAAAAUACAGUCCAGCUUGUGAAAGAGCAACUGACGAAAUCGCAGUCUGCGUAUCGAGCGCAGUACAACAAAAAAGCCAAGGCUAGGUCUUUCAAGGUUGGAGAUGAGGUGUUACUACUAUUUCCUACAGACAGGAAUAAGUUACUGAUGCACUGGAAAGGCCCUUUCAAGGUAGUAGGUAGAGUUGGUAAACUCGACUACAGAGUUGACCUUGGGUCAAGGAUAACUACUUUCCAUGCGAAUCUUCUCAAGGCUUAUUAUCGUCGAGACGAUAAUAAUCCAGAUGCUGGAAUAAAAUAUCCAGCAGUAGCAGGUGUAUCUGUCAUUGAAGAAAUUGACGAAGAUGCACAGACGACAACCAAGAUGAGGGUAAACGAGCAACUCAUCGAAGUCCCCAGCCUGAGACAGACUCAGACAGUUGCUGAUGUCUCCAUUGGAGACACACUUUCUGAGGAGCAGAAUAAUCAGCUGAGGCGACUUAUCGGUAAUUAUUCGGACGUUUUUACAGAUGUUCCUAGCGUGACCAGUUUGGGUCACCACGACAUCAAGUUGACAGAUCCUCGACCGGUAAAGUCCAAGCCCUAUCCUCUUCCUCACGCUCUCCGACAGGUGGUUGGCGACGAAGUCAAAGAGAUGCUCGAGCUUGGGGUGAUUGAGCCCACUAAUUGCUCCAUCAUGACCAUUGUUUAUGUGCGUAAUUAA